AAAGUCUUUAUAAAUCGAUUAAAUCGAUUUAAAAACAGUAUAUCUAGUGAGCACUUUCUUUGCUCGCAAGCAAGUUCGUGGCUUCAGUCAGCAAUUCGUUUUUUUGCAUGGUGGAGAACCGGGAAGUAGCAAAGGAAGUCCAGAACUUUCAAUUUGUAUAGAAAUUAGCCGAGAAAAAAAUGCAUACGAUAAGUUGCCCAAAAGUGGAGUGAUGAAAUUAUAAAUAAAAAGGAAUAAAAAGAAAGGCGGACAGAGCAGACAAGGAAAUAAAAUAAUCAAACAAAGGAAAGUGAAGUGAAAGAGGGCAAAGCAACGACCGAAGAAACGAUUUUUUUGCACGCCAGUAAACGAAGACGAAAAGCGAAGCGAACUAGCGAGCGAGCAAGUUUUCGAUCAGUUAAAAAUUGUUAAUGUGGUCGGAAAAGGAGCACAUUUAAAAAAACUAAAAUUUGCUAGUUUGACAUUGAACGGUGCACAAAAUAUAAUAGUGGAUUGGAGUACGUGUCGAAUUAUAAGCAAAGCGAAACUGUGUAACACACCAGCAAUUGAACGUGUGCCGGUGCUCCACUAAAAAGUCAAGAUUCUUAGCUACGGCAGCAAUUCCUACAAUAACGCUUAUAACAGCUCAAUCGCCGCAGCCACGCUCCACAAGCAGCCCGCAGUGCCGCCACUACCACCCCCAAUUAUGUUUGUCAAUUCGAUGACGUUUCGCGGCAAUCCCGCUCCCAACCAUCAUUACGCAGGCCACCCAUUGGCCACAGCACAUCAUCCGCAACAACCGCAAUUGCAUCAUCAUGCCGCCACAGGACAAGCUGGCGGACCGAUGGCACAUCAUCCAUCGGCAGCGCAUGGUACGCAUCCAGGAAGCCAUCCCGGAACGUCUAAUAACAAUAUUCAUCAUGCCGCCUCGGCCAUGAGCCGUCAUGCACAGCAUGCACCAAUGGGAAUGGGUAGUGGAAACAUCACUUCAAUGUCGCCUCAUAUGCCUAACAAUGGCAGCGGCAUGCCCGGAAGCGGUAAUGGUAGCGGUGGCAGUUCUAGCUCUGCAGAUAGUGGUAAAAUUUAUAUUAAAAAUUUGGAACGCUCCAUUGACAACAAAGCUGUCUAUGAUACAUUCUCGGUUUUUGGCAACAUACUAAAUUGCAAUGUAGCCAAAGAUGAGGAUGGCAAUUCACGAGGAUAUGGUUUUGUGCAUUUCGAUUCUGAAGAAGCAGCACGCACUGCCAUUGAAAAGGUUAACGGCAUGCUGUGCAACAAUCAGAAGGUGCAUGUCGUGAAAUUUAUACCACGUCGCGAUAGGGAGCAGGAGAAAGCUACACAGUUUAGGAAUUUAUAUGUGAAGAAUCUGAACGAAGAUUUUACUGACCAGCAUUUGCGUGAAAUGUUCGAGCCGUAUGGACGCAUAACAAGUCAUAAGGUCAUGCUCGAUGAGGAAGGUCGUUCACGCCGUUUCGGUUUUGUGGCUUUUGAGAGUCCACAGUCAGCACUAGCCGCAGUUAUUGGCCUAAAUGGCAAGCAAUUGGGUGACAAUAAGUUUUUGUAUGUAGCACGUGCUCUCAACAAGAUCGAGCGGCAGCAGGAGAUCAAUCGAAAACUUGAAGAACGCAAACGGCAGAAGGCUGGACAAGUAUUUUAUUAUUAAAUAGCGGAGAUGAAAGCAAAAUAACAAAAAGAAUUUGACAGUAAAAGUAAUGAGAAAUGGAUUGUGAGCUAAAGAUUGCGAUUUGCGAUUAAUUAAUUGUGGUGAGAAUUUAAGAUUAUUGCCGAGCUCAUGAAAUGGUAAGAUUAGAAGAAAGUUGUCAUGAAGCGUUAGUGAGUAAGCUUCAAAAAUGUAGUUGAUACGACUUAGGUUGGAAGAAUUUCAAAACAAAAAUGAUAAGUAAGAAUUUCGUAAGAGAAUGUCGAUGCAACUUUAUUGAAAAAAAAUAAUUCGAAUACACAUAUAUAAUUAAGAAUUACAUUAAAAAUACAAAAAAAAAAAUAUUAAGCAAAAAGUAAAACCUAAACACACACAUACAACAAAUACAUAUAUGUACAUGUAGAAAUGUAAACUUUAAAGCUAAAAUUAUGGAAUUUCCCUUUUUGAUUUCGAUGUUAAAAGCAAGUUUACAUUAGUAAAAAAACAUAAAUUAAAGAAAACUCUAAAAAAGAAUGCUUAUUGUUAAAAUUUAACGAAUUAAAAAAAUAUUCUACAAAAAAAAAAUACAACUGCAUAAGUAAAAACAAAAACGUUGUAUAGAAACGCGGUGAUUUACUGGCAGUUUAACGUUGGUUACACAGUAGAACUUAUGGAUGUCACAUUGAGUAGAGCUCAAUGAUUUGCAAAUAAAAAAAAUUUAAAAUUCCACUUCAAAUUAAAUGGCAUAUGUAUGUCCCUAUUAAUAUAUUACUAUUAUAUAGCAACUAUGUAUAACAAAUAUUCAUGCACUUCUUGAAUACACCAUAAUGUACACAAACAAACAAAAAAACACCUCACCCCAUUCACUCAUACUUGAACACAAAUCAAUAUUUUUUUGCUUCGAUAAUUGUAAAGUUUAAUUUUUCGUCACAAAUCGGCAAAAAACAAAUACCUACAACACUGAUUGUACGGGCGUCAUAUAAAUUUCAGAAAUAUAAAAAAAAUAUGCUAAUACAUAUAAUCAAGAGAAGUACAUUAUUAUUAAAUUACUCACUGUUCAAAACUAAGAAUAUACCCCAAUUCCGCAUUAUGUAUAAGAGUAUUUAAUUGUAUUGCAAGAAACAGAAUCGAAACAUCAGAAAAAUGGCUAAGUGCGAGAAAUAACAACAAAAGAUGUCUGAAGACCAUAAAGAUUAACAAAAAAUGUCGAGAAUAACAAGAAAAAUUUCAAGUAAAAAAUGCGACCAAUUUUAAGGUUAGUUGUAUAACAUGUAAUUUAAAGGCAAAUGCCAAAAAAAAAACAAAAAUAAAUAAAAUGACGUAAAACUAAAGAAACUGCAAUGGUGUAAAAACAAGAACUUAGUUAUGUGUAAAAAAGAAAAACAACAAAAUGAAUGGACAACUGUUAACAUCAAAAAACCAUUAAUUUAAGCAAAGAAAAGCAAACACAAAACACAGAAAUCCAGGACAAAAACAAAAACAUGAAUAUGCAUAACAAUAAUUUAUUUUAUUCUAAUGAUGAUCCCUCAAAAAAAAAACUGGUAAUAGGCAAAAAACUAUGAUUGAUAUGAUUAUUAUAAAUGUUCCCAACAAAUUUUAAUAUUUAAGUUCUUAAAGUAGAGGAAAUGUGUAGAUAUUACAAAAGGAAUACACACACAUGGUGAAAAACAAAAACGAAUGCAAAAACAGAGAGAAUAUGAAUAAAUUAGUAAAGGAUAAUGAAAAUGAGAAAACAAAACAAAUGCAAAUAUAAAAAGAAAAAGAAAAACGCAAAAGAGCAGCGAGAAAAACCGAACAUUUUAUUGUUAAGAAAAAAGAAAAAUUACUAUAUAUUUUUACUAGAUGAGAUGCAAAAGCAUAUCUCUCCAUUUAAUUCCCUUUUCCUCCCCUCUUCCCUUGAAGAAACUACAAUUACAAUAUUAUUAAAAUAAUUCACAUGAUGUAUAAAGCUGAAUUUAAGUAGUAAUUCUUUUUUAUUGGAACCAAAAGGCAUAACAAAAUCCUAAAAACCAAAACAAAUUGUAAUGAAAUGGAAACACACUAGAAAUGAAACCAAUUUAGAAAAUAAAACUGGCAAAGUAAGUAAUACAAAGAUAAAGCAACCAAGAAAAACAAAGUCAAACAAAAAUAACAAUCGAAUUAUUAGAAACUUGCCUAAUGGCUUAAUCAUAGUGGCAAGAGCAGCAAAUGGUAAAAAAAUUAAGAAAAAACAAAAAAUAUUAAUUGUACCUUUUACAUUAUAUCUUUACGUGCAGCUGGGGAGAGGGUGAGGACUUUUUCCUCUUUGACCGCCACUGCCACGUCCAAGAACAACUUUGCUGCCAUUACCCUAUGAUUUCGCUAUAUGUAUGUAUGUAUUUAUAUUUUUACAUAAACAAAUGCAUGAAAUCAGCCAAAAAGUGAAGAUUUUUGGAAAUCACUUAAGGCAACCAAUCUCUUUUUAUUGCAGUACAUUUUU